GGGUCGAGCAAGGUGAACGGACAACGGCGAUCGAGUUAACGAAAGAGUAAACGGGGAAAGAGGUUGUGCGGACAAGGAUAAGCAACCGGGGAAAGAAAGAAGGGAAGAAUGUGUAUACCCGACGGCUGGGCACCUACUAUGCACCAAGGAACUGCAGGAGAUAGAGCGUGCAAGAUAUAGAACGGAGCGAAAGAGCGAAGCUGAUAGCGAAAUACGAGGGAAACGCCUCGGGAGGGGGAGGUUCGAUGUUGGUCCCUCCCGUGGCCCAAAGUGGGGAUCGUGCCGUGGGCGACACGGGCACCCGGGCCCAACAGACGUCCGGCCCUGCCGCGGCGGCAACCCUAUGGCCCUUAGCACCUGCACAGUCCAAUCAGGUUCCUAACCAACAGUCACAGGGCAUACCACCCUUGGCCGCCACCCCUGCACCCACUCACAGCCAAGGUGUGAGUCGUUACGGGCUGUACUCGUUAUUUCCUGGGGGUGGCGGGGGUAGUUACGUCGCGACGACUCCCGCCACCCCCGGACCGCCUACACCAGCACGAGCUUAUCACGCGACAACACACAAGGUUUCAGAGAGCGUGUUUUCCGCUGCUGUUGGGGUCGGAGUGGGUGGUUACACCUGGGGUGCUCCCACGCCUCCUCCCGGGUCACCCUACAGUCCUGUGCCCGUGACGCAGCUCGAACUACUGGCCAAGAAUUUGGCCAGUUUGGCUCCUCCGGGUCAACAGGCGCUUAGUCUUCAGGGUGUCGGUGUGAACGUUGGCAGUUUGCAUCACGCACAACACACUCAGCACACGCAACACACGCAGCACACACUGAACCUAACUGGUCUUCAUCAUCUGCAUCAUGGGGGUCUCCAUCAGAACACGUUCUCGCCGCACCUGUCACUGGUCACCGGUAACACCCCGACCCUGACGAUCAACAGUUUCUCGUCGCCGAAUUCAACGGGGAACGUGGUGCCUACUACGGGAGUGGUGCUCCAAGAGUAUCAGUCACCGACAGGUUCGGCUACCGGAUGCUCGGUCACCGUGAACGGCACCACCUCGUGCCCGACGAGCUCAACGACGAGCACGAUGGUGAUGCAGGGAGGAGACCAGACCGCUGGCAACCAGGUCGUUCAGGCCACCGGCAAGAAACGAGAGGCCUUCCUGCCCAGUCAAGGUCAGCCGGUGAAACUGGAGAACAAAUCGACUAGGCAGCCCUGCGUUUGCAGGAACAGUGGGAAAACGAAGGUGGUACAUUCCGACGCGGGCUGCAGCAGAACGUUGCCGGUUGCCUCGUCCUGGAACGGACAGGAUGCGAAUUGCAAUAACAACGCGACUGGCGCCGGCAACAUAGUGAAGAGGGAACCUUUGACUUCGGUGCCGUGUCAAGUCGCCGAGGUCUCGACCUCCCUUCACGCGACCACCACUUCUGUCAAGAUCGAGCCGGUACCACCGAAAUCGGAAAAUGGAAUUGUGGUGUCAAAUGCAGGAGCCGGUGGCGUACCAGUUGGAAUCGCAGUGGCCAGGCAGAGAUUGCAGCACCAGGAGACCUCGACUUCGAUGCGCAAUGUUUCCCUGAGUCAUCACACCUCGCAUCACGCGAGCUAUCAUCACUUUCAGCCCGACAAUCUCGGUUCAAGCACGGCCAUGGCAGUAGGCGGUGCGACCCUGGUGCAUUGCGGAGGACCUGGAGGGGAGGACCGUCCGGCCCACCUAGCCAUUCCUUCGGGAGCCCUAGCACCCUCUUUGAACGCCACUCUCGGCUCGAGCCUGAAUUCCAGCCUGAAUUCCAGCCUAAAUUCCACGCUGGGCAGCAUCGGUGCCGCGGCCAGCGCAGCCACCGCGGCCGCGGCCGCAGCCGCAGCCGCAUGGCCGCCUACCUUAUGGCAGUACCCCGCAGCGGCCGCGGCCGCUGCAGCUGCAGCUGCAGCAAUGCCGAUGGAACCAGUCGGAUUUCCACAAAUGGGUGUCGGAGUUCAAGGUGGCUUGCAGUUGGUCAGAGAUCCAAAUACGGGCCAUCUUCUUCUUAUACAUGCUGCAGUUAUUGUCCUUAAGAGCGGAAACGUCGCGCCGCCACCUCUUUUACUUCCACCACCACCACCGCCGCCGCCACCGCCACCAUCUCUUCAGCUUUUGAGUGACAUUGGUGGAGCAAGGUUGGUUCUCACUGAAAGUAAGAGAAAGCAACAGAGCACUCUGCCUAUUGUUAAGAUAGAGGCCGACUGUGGUAACAGUCCCACCACUAUAAUCACGUCGACAGAAUCAACGAAGGCCUUACAGACCGUGACUUCGAUGACAGGCGCCAUCGUACCUGAUGCACCACUGGUGACCACGCUGCACUACUACCCGCACGCGCCAGCGUUGGUCCAAAUCAGUCAGGCCGAGCCGACGCACUGUAGAUCGCAGCAGCGAAAUUCGUUUCUGUCGAAGGCGACCUCGCCCGUCUCGUGCCUGACGCCGCCGCCCGAGGUGACCACCAUCCACGCGAUCGAGCCGCCGGAAGUGGUGCCGCCGAUCGUCGGUGUCCAAGACGCUUCGAACCAGACGGACUCCCCGGAACCGGAAGACCAGGAGCCACCGCCGCCGCAGCCGCCAACCGACGCGUGCGUCAAACAGGAGCAAACAAGCAUAAUGAGUCCUUGCCAGGUUCUGAACCCGACGAAUCUAAGCGCAGCUGCCGCGAACCUGGCGAACCUGGCGAACUUCGAAGUGGUAGCUCCAGCGCCGGACAAGGUCUGCAACGUGGUGCGGAUCAUGACCACCACCACCACCACGGUCAACCCGACCGUCUGCAACUUCGUUGGUAAAGUAGACAAAGCGGAGAACACUGUCAUCAACAUGAUCGACUGUCCGAAGUACGCGGUCACCAAGGAGUGCCGGAGCGUCACUGCUAUCGACAGAACUAUAGAGCACGUGGUGAGGCACACGGACAGGCAGCACGAUGAUAGGGGUCAUCUGGAUGAGGAUGACGAUGACGAAGAUGGACUGUCGUCUAGGGACAUCAGAAGUGGACCAAGGAUUAUUGAGAUUACCGAGGAAAACUGUGAUAGUUUUCAUGAGAAUUUGGAGUUCUUCGGGAGGAGAAGGGAUCACCACUCGGAUAGGUACAAGGAGAGGAAGAGGAGCUAUGCUACAGAGUCAGCUGUGGAACCAGAAGCUGAGGAAGAGAAGGUUGUUGAGAAGUAUGAGGCUGAAGUGGCAAAACUCGAGGACACAAAAGUAACGGAGAUACACAGACACGCGAGCUUCACGCCAGCAGAGGUACCCAAAGAAUCGCCAAAGCAACAAGAAGAAUCCGCCGAGUCAAAGGUGCCGUUCGAUUCGAACUGUGACAGUUGCGGAAAGAACCAAGACGAAUUCUUACAUACACAGACACCUGUUACUCGACCCCAAAUCACAGUGAAAUCUUUCGAUAUGCCGAACAUCGACUGUGACGAUCAGGAAAUCGAGAAGGUAGUGGUGAAGCAGGAGGCUGAGGAGUCCGCUUACGACGAGUACGCGUACAACUGCGAAGCUACUUCGACGUUGGAGAAACCGAAGAGGCAUUCUGCAGAGAAGUCUCAUCCUGGCAUUGAAAAUGUCGUGGAGAAACUGAAAAAGAACGCUGCUGCAGCUCUGCAAGAGACUGCGCCUAUCAGGGUUGAAGAGUUAAAAGAAAAAGCCACAGACAACCUGCAGAGACACUCAGAAGCGGCGCCAAGAAAAUUGGAGAACGGCCUGAAGAAACACAUCCUGAGGUCCUGCGAGAACGCCCAAUUCGACACCCAUGAAGUUGCGAAGGAGUCCGAAGUUUCUCCCCCAGAAACAAAUAGUCCUGCACACGAAACGCAACCCGAUCAGUUCAAGUGUUCAUCGCCAACUGAAAACGUGGCCUGCGCAUCUCCCGUGAAUAGACUCGUUCUGUCCAGAGAGUUCUUCUUGAAUGAUAACAAUAACGACACUAGGAGUAACAAUAAUAAUAUCAAACAAACUGACAAUAAUGAACCAGUUGUAAAGAAGGAACAAAACUCCUCGGUCGACGCGUGCAAGGCAGAAGGAGUGAAAUGUUUCGAUAGCAACGCUCACACGCCGAAGAAGCAUCGUAGAGUUACAGAAGACGCGUACGAUUUAUCAGCAGACAAUCAGAACCUCAAAUCCAGAGCCAAUUCUAAGCAGAGACUCGCCGUUGACAUCAGUGGGCUGGAGUUGCUGUCGAACAGCAUCGAGCAGUUGGAACAUCUGAAACCGGACACUCAGAGUGCCGCUGUAGCAGACGACAUAGAGAAAUCGCCGAUACGGACGAAGAUAAUAUCACCCCACGGAGAAAGUAACAAUAAUAACAACGUUGACAGUCCGUUAGGUUUGUUGUGCGCCCUGGCAGAGCAGAGGUUUAUGGAGGAAGUAGGGGUCAAAGUGCCCAGAAAGCUAAACCUCGAGAGCUCCGAAGAGAUCUCUCGAGCCGGAAGGCUGUUGUUAAAUCUGGGUAGAGGGAGUCAUCACGAGAUAGAGGAAGAAAAGUCGUCGGACAAAAGGAAGUAUGAUCAGACAGAGGAGAGCGGCCAGGGCUCCAAGAGAUUUAAGAGCGACGUGGAGUCAGAAGACGACGAGUCGAAGAGCAACGCGCUGAAGUAUGACGAGAAGAACAAGAAGCAGUGCGAGGAGAGGUUGCAGGAUGAAACCAUGUUCGAAGAGAAGACUAGGAGCAUAGAGUUCUCUGAGAGAAGUGUGCGCGCUGAUGAAGAGGGCCUUGAAGAGAAACCUGUUGGCAAGAAUGGUCCUUAUAAGAACUCGGAUUACGAGCAGUUUGACGAUCCUUACGAACGAUGUCAGACGAACGGUGCUUACUGCCAGAGGGAAUCCGUUGAGGACAAUCUGUCGGACUCUGACAUGGAGUCGUACGGCCACAAAGUUUCUUCGGAAGUAAUUGAAGCGGCGGAAGACGCUGAAGAGAUGGAGGAAGAGAAUAUGGAUGGGAAUAGGAGGCUGUCGACAGGAGACUAUCGCGAUUGUCAUGAUUAUAGGAAUCUGCAGGCAAAAAUAGACGCGAAGAAGUUUAUUGCGCGCAAGGGUCACAUGGACAAUGACGCUGACUGGCCGAACAUGGAUGCCAUGGAAUUGGAUAUGAGGGUCAGGCUGGCGGAUAUUCAGAGACAAUACAGGGAGAAACAGAAGGAAUUGUCCAAUUCCGAUCAUGGGCCUCUUGCGUCACCGCCGAUGUUGGAACCUAUAUCUUCGCCACAAAAAUCGCCCGCGCAUUUGUCGGACGGAGCACCACCGCCAUUGACCUCGGCUGUCCUAGCUAUGCCGAGAUGUAACGUAAACUUGGUGAAACUGGGUGAGCCAAGAAGUCACAUUAAACUGUUGGACAGUAUACCAAGCAUUCCGAUCCCCGUCCCGCCAGUCGUCUCACCGAUUACUGUUCUACCAUCGAGCAAAACAUCGCAAGACGACGAUGAGAAAAGCACUGGAGGGUUGGGGUAUGAUACCUCGUCACCGGCGCCAACCGUGGCGAGUUCGAGUUCCGCCUCGAAAAAACGGAAGGUCGGUCGGCCUAGGAAGCUGAUGUGCACGUCUGGAAGUGUGAGACACCUUACGGAGACAAUAGUCGCGAAGAAACCUAAAAGCAAGAGUUCACUAGGAUACCUCCUGUCGUCGAAGAACAGACAUCUCCAAGCGAAAUACGUGAGUAAAACUGCGUACACUCCUCUGCCCUUUAAGGGCGGAAUCUCCACGAUGAAAUCAUCGUCAAAGAAUCACAAGUCUGCGAAAUUAAAACCGAAGCCCGCGAAACAGACGCCGCUGCACAACAAGAAUGUGAUCAGUUCGAUACUCGCGGAGAAGGCGAAAUUGAGCCAAGAGCUAAAGCUAGAGAAGCAGAGUAAGAUGAAGCCUAAACUGAAGACGGAGGUGAAGGUGAAAACUUGGGAGGAUGAUGAGCCUAGCAGCGUUUUGGAGAACGUGUUGCCCGAAUCUGCCCCAGAGGAACCAAUAAAGGAACUCCCGGUGGAGACGCCAGAGAGCUUGGACGCCGAGUGCGAGAGAAGCAGGCAUGAGAAAUCGAAGAAGAAGAAACGGAAGUCGAGCUUGUCGUCGCCGUCCAGGCACAAGUCGAGCGACCGCGAAAAGAAGGAAUCGAAACGCAGAAAAUCGGUCGAGUGCAAAGAGUGCAAGGAAUGCGCGAAAGCGGCGAAGGCCGAGAAGCCUGAGAAGACCGAGAAGCCCGAGAAGACGGAAGUCGUCAACAAGUGCAAAUUAACGUCGGCACACUUGGCCAUUGACCAGCUGAGGGUUCUUACUGCGAUGGGCGGGCUAUUUUAUGCGGGGAGACUCAGCGCCGUUCAAGCGCCUGACGUUUAUGCCAUCACGCUGGACGGCGAACGAGGCAAUAGACCCCACAUCCAUUCCAGGGAAGAGAUUCUACGGGACGCGAUAGUGGAAGUCUGCCCCGCCUCCACGAAAGAGUUACCGCCUGGUACGCGAUUAUGCGCCUACUGGAGCCAGCAGUAUCGUUGCCUCUACCCAGGCACUUCCGUUGAACCGACGGAACCGGAUCCAGAGCUUGACGAAAAGUUUGUCAGCGUGGAAUUCGAUGAUGGGGAUAGCGGAAGGAUUGCUCUGGACGAUAUCAGGUUGCUGCAGCCAGAUUAUCCUGUUGUUGAGUACGAUCCGAAUCCUUUGUUGUCACUGGGCAAGCGUCGAAGGCAAACCUCGGUGUCAACCGAAGAUAAACGAUCAACCAGCAACGUUCAAACAACGACCCCGAUAAGCACAAACAAUUCGACACACACUAUUACCUCUACAACGUGUUGUUAUGUCUCGUCGUCCGAUGGACAGUCGCUGGAACGACCCAAGUCCGAUGACGUGGACGCGAAAGAUUUGGAAGAGUAUCGCGAGAGGAAACGCAUGAAGAAGAGAAGGAGGGACAAGCUGAAGAGAUUGCAGGAAGCUCAGGAAGGAAAGAAAAAGCAUAAAAAGCACAAAUGUUGCGAAGAACACAGAAAGCAUAAGCAUAGAAAACAUCGAAAACACAAGCACAAACAUAGCCACCACAGCAGCAGUCACAGCGAUGGAAGCCAUGUCAGCAGUGGAGAAAGUUGCUGCGGUCAAAAAAGCGAAGAGGAAGCAGUGAAAGAAGUACCAGUGACUACGGUCGACAAGGAAGACGUAGGAACCGAAGAUGAGCAAGUACCACAGGAAGAGGUUAUAGAGCUCAGUUCUGAACAAAUCAAGGAAUCUGUUCGCGAGGAAAAGCAUGAGAAGCCCAAGAAAUCGGAUAAAAAGUCGAAGAUUCGGGAACGACAGGAAUCGGUGGAAAGUCGGAGUAAAAUGGCUGCCUUCUUGCCGGCCAGACAGUUAUGGGGAUGGGCUGGAAAAGGUUAUAGAAGACCUGGUGCUAAAGGAAGGGCCAAGAAACAAUUCUUCAGAGCGAUUCAACGGGGAAGCGAAACUAUUCAGAUUGGCGACAGCGCAGUAUUUUUGUCGACCGGCAGACCGGACAGACCUUACAUUGGCCGUAUCGAGUCUAUGUGGGAAACUUCCAGUUCCAAUAUGAUCGUGAAGGUCAAAUGGUUUUAUCAUCCCGAGGAGACCGUUGGAUGCCCGACAAACUUAAAGUACCCGGGCGCGCUCUUCGAAUCCCCCCACAUGGAUGAAAACGACGUACAAACAAUCUCUCACAAGUGCGAGGUGCUACCACUUGGAGAAUAUACGGAUAAGCUAGGUAAAGAACCACACAGGUACCUAACUAUCUACGACAAUAACGACAUAUAUUAUUUGGCGGGUUACUACGACCCAACCACGUAUCUGUUGACUAUGCGGCCGGGGGUUGUUUGAGAACAGCUAAAGCUGACGAUUAAGCUAACUGGUGUUACUUAAUUGUCGUCAGCAAUUUGAAGAAAUAAAUGCGAAAAAACCGAGAAACGCCACACAGUUGAAGCGUGUCGUUUGCGGCAACGAGGGUUUAGACUCCAGCCGUCAUCGAGAGAUCGCCGGGUGAUUUCAGUGCGGUGAAAUUGCGCGAAACGUCGCAAGCAAGCUAAAGAUGCUUAGCUUACGGACAUUGCAGAACUUUUGGAACGUUCAAUGAAUCGUACAACUGUACUUUCGACGAAACUUGUGAGUUUCAACCGCAAGGCACAAGCAUUGUUUAACACUGCAGUAAACGAGACACUUUGUUUGCUUACGUUAACACCGAUUUUUCUUUUCCUUGCGAUCACACCAUCGUUGGUUUGCAUUUAAUCGAGCCGGAUGAAUGCGCAACACAGAUCAGCGGUCAUUGAUUAAUCGAGACUAUUAUCUUGCGUUUUUCGUAUGUACUUCGUUUAAUUUAACAAUGAAUGUCUUUACUUCACCGAUGAAUUUCCAACCGGAAGACACAGUUCUCACGAACACGCAGUUAUUCAGUUAUCUUGAUUCGCAGUGCGAAGAUUGCCGAGAUGAACGGGUUACGAGCAAAAUGUUUCGAGCGUUUUAACACGUGCAAUGAAGAGAUGUUUCAUUGUCCAUGAAAUAUAUAUCAGAAUACCCGGUAUUGUGAUAGUUUUAUAUACGAUACACCGGUGGGUUGACGAUCGCGUCAAGGAUUCGAUCGUCGCAGGGAUUCGAAUUGAACGAAGCUGGCGUACGAGAAGCAGGAGGCUUGUGCCUUGUGUAACAGAGUCAAAAACAGAAGCGUCCUAAACGGGUCGCUGUUUAUCAAUAUUUCUGUGACACUUGUAUUUCGAUGGAUGAUUAACAAACUGCUGGAGAGAGCAGACACAAUUUCGAAUACAUAAAACAUUACGUAUAGGAGAGAUGCAAUAAGUAUACCGAGUGGCAUUACGACAACGCGAAAGAAGCUAUAAAGACUCUCGAUUAAAGAAUGUUUUAUUGACUGUGUAUAUAAUACAUAUUAUAGAGUAUAUGGAUGUUGUACAUAAACGUUAAAUAUCUUAACUAUAAAGAAACUCGCCUCUAAUUGUUAAUCGUUAGACCGGUGUUAUAUAAUACUAUCGUCCGACCGCAAGAACAAAAUGGCGACCGAAAGAUUUCCGCGUGGACAUUUUUCGUCGGAUCUCCGCGGAGCGAAGAAGACGUACGUGUUGUCAAGGUAUCGAACCCCGAGUUUUCCAAAUAGAGACUCUUUCCUUUCCAAUACUCUCGCGUUCCACGCAUACACACAGGGAUAACAGUAUAUGUAUGUACUUAGAUUAAGAACCGCCUGCUCGCGUCUAUCCCUUCGGUACUUCAUUGUGGUUCGCGUGUUAUCCAGUCUUCUGAGGGAAGAUCGCGGGAACGGUCGAUCGACGCGAGCUGGCGUCCCUUCUCUUUUUAUUUCCGAGCAAUGUGAAAAGGAAAAACGCGAAUGAACAGGCUCUACCGAGAGUUGAGUCGUUCACGAGUCGAAGGGACUAAGCGAUUACUGUAUGUUUUUGAUGCUGAAAAUGUACCGAAUUUCGAUGCCGAAAUAUUCGACUGAAUUCACGCGUAUUGUGUGUAGAAACGAAUUAGACACCUUUUAACUCGAAGAAUCAUCAAUCCAUUUUAUGUUUAGACGUUUCCCAAGUAUUUUGGGAUCUCUCGAAUUCGGUCUCAAAAAUGGCACUGUAAAUUUCUAUUAAACAAGCAUCAAAUUGGUUUCUACACCUAUAAUUUCAUCGAAUAUUUCUCGUUUCGCGGAGCGAAUCGCUUUGGCGAAUGAACGGCUCAGUUAUCGCUGGUGAUACGAGACAAGGUGCUACACACAACCAGUUCGCGUGUUGUACCGUUUUCAAGAGGAUGUUUUAAGCCCUCCCGCGAUUUACUUCGAGCAUUGAUUCGAUAUUGACUGCGGGAUUAAACGGUGCAGAACUUGUUAGCGUUAAGGCCUUCUUUCUUUUCUUUUUUCUUUUAAUGUUUCCUCGGCGAGCUUGCUUUCUCCCGUACUCGGGAAACAUUGUUCUUUUCUCCGCGCUGAAGGGAACCGUUCCUCGGAAGAGGAAGAAUAUACACGAACAUAGUACUCCCCUGACUCGAAUCCUCACCGACUUUCGACUCGCGCCAUUCCACGCGAAUGGCCCGCGUAGCUUUCGUUUCUCUCGCGCUCCGUGUUUCGAUUCUCACGCGUUAGGCCGCUUUCACGCGAUGAUACACGUAUUUAUGCGAUGCACGUGGCCGAUAUUAGCCGUUCGGCGUCACGGGGCUUCGAGAAAAUUUUAUCGAAAUGUACCGAGCGACGCGAAACUCGAGAAUUGACAAAACACAAGAUUACGGUAGAACCCUUUAUAAUGCUAUUAAUAAAUCGUCGAAAAAUAACUAUGAAAGUGAGAUUUUCUAUAAGAAAGUGAUACAAACUGAGGAUCAACUUAAUACAAGUUGGACCAAUAUUUAAAAGAGGAAUUUCACGCGAAAUUUGUAAACGUGAAACCCUAUAACGCGGAAUAUUUUAAUUGUAUUAUAGGGGGUUGUAUUGUAUGCUUUCGUAAUACAAUAUUAAAAAUGAUAGGCGGUAUGAUUGCGCUGUUUUUCUAUCUCUGAGUAGAAAAUAAGGAGAAAUAAAGAGAAAUAAAUGAAAAGAAAAAUAGAUACACUCGAUUCGACUCUGUGGAUUUGAUAGGCUGGCACUUUUAGGUACUAAAUAGGAUGCAAUAUGUGUGUAUGAUACACGCUGGGGAAUGAAAUAUAUUUCUUUUGAUCUUCUAUCAAUUAUUCGUGUUUUAGUGAUUACUUUACUUACUGAAUGACUUAAUUAUUUUAGUGCCCAUACGACUACGUCUUGUAUCACGCAGAUUCAAAACCGAACGUUUUCAAUUUUUACUUUGUUAUUUUAUGUUAUGUUAACUAAACAAUUAAACAAUAUCAAGAUUAGAAAGAAAUAGUUAUUGAUUCAUAGUCUGAACAAAUAUAGUGUUAUUUGUGACUGUCUUAUUUCAAGAAGCAGCUUAAUAAUUUUCUUUAAACAAUAAACUCGGAAGGAAUUAUUAGAUUAUGUUACUCAAGACAAUUUGUUGUCUCAAGAUUUUAAUUUCUAUUAUUAUUGGAAGACUAUUAAAAAAUUCUCAAGCAUUGACUAUCAACGAUUAAUCAUUCAGCAACCACCGACGAGUAAAGUGUUAAUCGUCAUUUAAACGGUUCCAUUGGUUUAUAUACUGGUCCACGAAAGUCUUUAGAAUCGAUAUACAGUAAGGCUUUGUUUAACACUAAAACUACCGAGCAGUUAAAUUGACUUUAUGAGAUUCCUGUAUAGGAACUGUGAGGGUGCAUCUGUUGAGACUUUACUUGAUUUACAAUUCAGUUUGCAUAUUGCUAAAUUCAUUGCUUUAAUAAUGUCUCAGAACAACAUUUGUUACCUUUUUAAUCAUUGCAAAAGGAAGAAAUCAGGAAUGGGUAAUUUUGACUUAUUUGGUAUUUUUAAUAUUAAUGCAGGAGAUACGUUCCAAAAAACCAAGUACUAGUUGAAAUAGAACGAGGUAAUCUUAACGCAUUCGCGACCGUCAAAUUUGCUGCUUUUCUAAUAUUCAUUGCCGGUUAAAGUGCAUCAACAGAAAGAACAGAAUUUGAAAAACUAAUGUAUCAUACUGAAACAGUGAUAAGCGAGGUUUUACUGUAUUUAAAAUCGAUAUAUCCAUAACGGAAAUGUGCUCACUGUAUGGUAAAUAUUUUGAAAUUUCCGUAUGAUGUUUGGACUACAUUUGAGAAUGUGUUGAAAUUUCAUUGAAAUCAGAUAACACUUGGCUACGUCCAUUUCUAUUAUAAAUGUAUCGAUUAAAAAACAAUAGGCCUCCUAUAACGUGAUUAAAAAAUCGAGAAAUAACUAUGAAAGUUAGAUUCUCCAUAAGAAACUGAGACAAACAAAGAACAAACUUACCUUUUUGCACUCGAAGGUUGUUUCGCCCGGUAUAUUCAUCAAUUCCUAAUGGAAUAUUAAUACAGACAUUUAUUAUGACUAAUAUAAAUACAAAUGAUACACGAAUGAAAGGAAAACAAUUAUUCUAUUCCGACAUUUCAUUUAUAUGACAUAUUUAUUUUUUUAGAUACACAUGUAAUUGUUCUUUGUUUUGCUACAGAGUUUUGUCAGAAUAUAUUAUACGUACAUUUGCACCACUUUUGGCGAGCAUAUACUUCAUUGCUUAACGUUAUUACUCGUGCAGUGAGAGACUUUUUAAUUGUGCAAUUCUGCUAUGUUAAACCAAAUGGCGACUGAUAGUGGCCUCUCAAAUGCAAAGGGUUAAUACAAGUUGGACCAAUACUCAACAGAGUAAUUUCACGCGAAAUUCAUAAACGUGAAGCCUGUAGUAUAAUAUUCGAAUCGCGUUAUAGGAAGCUCUACUCUACUUUUAUGGACCAGUAUACAUUCGGUGUCUACCAUACGUGUAUCGUCUGUCAUACGUGUAUACGCGCGAAAGCUGUGAGCAUUUUCGAACGACACCGAUGAGAAACAUCUUCACCGCUCGUGAGACGAGGCGAGGCACGAUCGUAGUACAAACUGCAGUUUUAAUAAUCGACCAUGUUUGUCUCGGCGUCGACUAACGGACGCGACGACGAUAAAUGUACUUAUAAUACAUAUAUGUAUAUCGUGGCGCGUGUAAUCCUUCGCAGUGUACAAUAUUCUCUCGAUUAGUACCCAGUCGAGUAGUUGUAAUAUGAUACAUUGUUCAGUGACAGCAGAUAUCGGCGAGACAAUAUUAAUGCAAUUAUAAACCUUUUUUAUAAAGAUGUUUUUGCAAACGAAACUUUCACAAACGCAUUCGUGAGAUUCUUUUGACUAAAACAAGACCAAACAUGACAUACUUUAAGUCACAAUUUACUAGAAGAAAAUAGAUUAUUGUAAUUUAUUAAAUAAGUAAAUAUGUCCCAAAAUAUAUCGUGUUUGGUCUCCUUUUAAUCAGGAAGACCUUACAGUUCAAUUGGAAAGAAUUCCAAUUAGUACAAGUGAAAAAUAAAAAGGUUUAACGUCGCAUUAAUAUCCCCUCGUUCAUCUGUUUCUUUUGAUCACACAGCAACCAGAAAAACUCUGCUUGGAUCGUAUCUCGACUUCGAAUCAACACAACUGAACGAUUAAUGCUCGGUUGUAGUUCCGAUUUUCGGAUGCCAAUCGCGAGAAUACAGUAAACGGUCGAAUAAGAAUUCUUAAGGUAGCCGCGAGUCGGGUAGAUGCAGCGAUCAAUAAAUUACGAUCUCCAUUUUUAACGCGCGUUCAAAUAUCUUUAGCGGUAACUGACGGAAUCGAAUUUUGUCAGAUGAAAUUGGGGGCGACAAGGAUUUUGCCUUGUAGCCAGUAUCAAUCGCGCACGCCGUGUGCCGUCCGUUGCAGCGAACCUGGCACUCGUGACGUUAUAGAGGUGGAUACAAUUACUCCGAGAAAUCUAAUUACGAGUCCGGAAACGGUUCUCCCCACUCUUUAUCGCUCGACCCGAUUAAUGGGCGUGUGCGCCUCAACGAAUUAUAUACCAAAACCGAAAAUUCGUGUGAGCAAGACGCACGCCUUAGAACCUGAUCACUCAAACGAGAGUGCCAGGUUCGCUGCAACGGACGGUACCGUUUGCAUGUUUCACGGUAUUUCCGUCGUUUCCCCGGGGAUCACUUCGCAUUGACUUUCUCUCGACGCUUCGAUCCUGUGAGAAGCUGCUUAUACGUAGAUCUACGUAGAGAAGGCAUGUUUGCUUGUAGAUUUGUAAAUACCGUAGAUUAGGUGGAAUUUAAGGAAAUGUCGGUGUCCUCGGUCGUUUUCUUUUUAUACGUGUCUUGGUCGGGUUUAUCGUUCGUUCGGCGCACGGAUGCAACUUCCGGGAAGCUGGCUCAGACAAAUCAUUUCUGGAAUCGGUAUCGAUUGAUUUCUAAGUAGAUCUAGAAAGGUUUUCGUCAGACUACGGGUGUUUAUGCAGUUUUUAAAUUUGGAAACUUGGUGACUGGGUUAAUUAGACUGGGUGUUUGUGCAGUUUUGGGAAAUUUGAGAUUAAAAUUAGAUUGAUAAUCAAUGAGAACUCAAAAUUGCACGGUAGUCACAUGAUAAGAUGUGAUUUGUAAAAAUCAUAUGUAAAAUGUCUAAUGUAUAAUAAUUUUUAUAAUAGUUCUUAGGGAAAACUAUUUUCUAUUGUAAUAUUAAUUGUUCAAUUAUAUUCUUGAAAAUUUGAAUUUGCAUAAAGAUCCGAAGCCUAGGUAUGAUAUUUUAUUUGUUGUUGGUGUUUUAGCGAAGUUUUGAUCGAAAAAAAUGUGCAAUUUAUUCGGUAACUGGAUCGUUUUGAAACUAUAAUUGAGUUGUUUAUUUUUUCACCGUUCUUCAGUAUGUUAGUUGUCUGUUUUACCUGAGAAUUUAUGAAAUGUUCUCAACACUUUACCUACUUAAUGUCUGCAGCACCUGAAAAAAGACACUAAAAAGACUUUUAAUUAGAAAUCUGGAAGGAAAUUACUGCACUACGUGUUUUGGGAUAAUUUGUUAAUUUGUAAUUCUAAUUCUUUUAUUUAAAACUAAAUGAAGAAAUCCUUAAUUAUUAAUUAUUCAUUUUUAACAGACCGGUCACUUCUAUGUUAGCAAUCAAUGUUUGUAUUUAUUCAAACCUUAGCAAUAUUUUUCGUAAAUUUUAGACAUACAAUAUUAAAAAAAAAUAAACAUUGGAAGUGAUGUUAUCAAAUUUUUAUAAGAGCGUAAUAAAUUGUAUAGACAAAAAUAGAAAAGUGACCUAGUUUCUAAUAAUGGAGUUAAAUAACUUCCAAUAGGUACAGUGUUAAUAACAGUAUAAAUAAAACCAAGGAACCGAACCUUCCUUUGUGAUCAUACGUAUUCACAAUUAUUUCACGCGAGAAUUGAUGCCAUAACAUAUUCAUCUUACAAACAACUUCACUAAAAUUUCAUUCACUCAACAAACAAAUGAACCUACCAUUCUCUGGAGAAUUGUUUUCGCGACCGGUACAAAGUCGCAUAUGACCGAAUCCUCAGACACUCCGGAGCCUUGAAGCGUUUUGUACAUAAUUCCGAUGGAAGAACGAACGGCAAGAUGAACUACUGAAACGAAACGGACGCCGAUAUUUCGCGGCGACAUGUAUUUUCCCCGGAAUUCGCUACAAAGAUCGAGGCGCGUUUUGGAAAGCUACGGAGAGAACCGUGUCCUUCAAGGAAAAACUUCCCCAAGCGUGAAGUUCGUCUUUGUCCUGGCAAGAUUCGAAAUUCGAGACUCGGUGAAACAUUUUUCUAAGCGAUAAGUGUAUACCGUUCGAACUAGUCUAGCCGCCUAUUGUAAGGGUAAUUUUUAAGCGUGCGAUUGUCGGCUGACGGAUGGACGAAAGGUUCGUGUUUUUGCGUCCCGACGACACCGAUAACCUGAGCUUUCUCUCGUUAUCAUUAUCGUCGUUGCUUUCGUUUUCUUUUUUCUCUAUACAUUGGACACCGACAUUAUUCCCCGACAGACGGUUUUAACAUGAGAAAAGAGCGUUUCGUCGAUCCAACACCGCGAACGGAAAAGGGGACACCGUUUUGUUCGAGACGUUGUCGCGUCAGUCGAUCGCACGAACCUCGAGUGCAUCGGAUCGAGAAGGAAUGAUCGAUCACGCGGCGGUAAACGUGAGAUGCGAUUGUAGUUAGCGUUAUACGAGAAGAAAGGUAUAGAAAUCUGUAUAUUUUACGAAGUAAGAGCGCGCGGAUGACUUAAGGAGCCGAGCGCGAGGAGGAAGAGAGAAAUACUUACACAAAACACGGGAAAACAAAGAUGAGAAAGAAUAUUUUAUUCUAGAGAAUCGAAAUUGUUCUAUUUUAUUAACGGAGAAUACGCGGAUAAUCGAUUUAACGUGUAGACCGAGAAUUCCGAGGCAAGGAACCGAGUAAAUAUAGUAAGGUAAACAAAAGAAAAAAAAAUUCAUAAAAGCAGCAUAUGAAAUGUCAAAAAAAGAAUAUCUAUAUAUAGAUAUAUAAGUAAAUAAAUAUAUAUGAGAAAAUGUAUGUAUAUAUGUAUGUAUACCUGCAUAUUAUAUAUAUAUAUAUAUAUAUAUAUAUAUAUAU